AUGGUACGGGGGAUUAACCAGAGUUACCCGACCUUCAAAUGGGUGGCAAUGCUGGUAGAGUUAUUUAUAGCAGUUAGUAUUACAGUGUCAUAUCUUACAAUAGGAGCAGUGCUCCACCAUACAUUAAAUGGAUGGGUUAAUUCUUUCUGGACCAAAGAUUCUAUGGCAACAUACAGGGAUAAACUGAAAUCUCCAACAAAAUGUUCAUGUUGUACCUCACAAUGUAUGUGCAAUACAAUGCUAUCAUUCCUGGUAUUUGGUAUCGUGUUCUUUAUUGCAAUGAUGGAUCCGCAGGGCUUCCUAGAUAUGCUAGAAAAAUUUGCCUCUUUGACAAUUAACCUUGAGGUUGCACUCUUCAUCUUCUGGAUGUUUAUGAAAUCAAGGAAUAAGGAAAAUAGAAAUUUAAAGAUUCCACUUCCAAUGCCACCAUUCGUGUACUAUUUGGUGUAUAUCAUACCUGUAUAUUUUGGUUUUGCUGUGGGGUAUGAUAUUUAUAACACUAUACGAGACAUUGUUAUAGAACAGACUGGAUCCUCACAGGGCAAAGUCAUUACCCAGGGAAUUACUGGCAUAGCCAAAAAUAUUACUGGAGUGGUGAAAAACUCAACAGAACAUACGCUGAUUAACUCAACAUUGACUUCAUUAAUUAAUACAGAAUUAACAACAUUGUCUACUACUUCUCUAUUGCUUAAUGAUACAAUUGCUCAAAAUAUUUCAAGUACAAUGCCUUUAUUAUAGUAUUUGAUAUGGAAAUUGUUAUUGUGUAAGUUUACUGUUUGAUUUACUUUUUCCCAACUUUAUUUCUGUUUAAAGAAAGGACAAUAACAUUUCUAUUAUAUAUCCUUUGAAAGAUUUCAUAUCUUUAUGUAUUAGAACUUACUUAAACUUUCCAAAUAUCUUAAAUAGAUUUGAUUACUUUUACAAAUACGAAUUUGAUAAAGCACUUUCUAAUAUAUACUUUAGUAGUAUAUCUAUAGAAAAU